GUCUCUAGUCAAGCAACUCAUCUCAGUUGCUGGCCUGUGAGGACAAUGUGAAUACCCAAAGAACAACCACAAUUCUUUUAGGCACUGUAGGCUCUUCAGGAAGGUGGUUGAAUCCCCAUCCCUGGAGGUGUUGAAAAGAAGCAGUGAUAUGAUGCUGAGAGAGAUGGUUAGCAUGAGCCUCAGCACUCAGAGAAUGGUUGGACUGGAUUUUAAAGGUCUUUUCCAAGUGAAGUGAUUCUAUGAUGUGGCUUGUAAGAACAUGGCUUAGUGGUGGACUUGGCAAAGUUUGGUUAACAGUUGGACUUUGAUGAUCAUGGAGGUAAUUUCCAACUUUAAUAAGUUUAUGAAUGUAUGAUUAUGCCUGUGGGGAAAAGGGGAAGUAAUGCCUCAGAGGGAGAGGAGGCACCCUUCAAGGAGCACAGCCACUAGCUUCUCGACAGCUUCCAGGAUUGCUGGAUGCAGCCGAUGGCCUCACCCUGCGCACACAGCUCAGGCAUGAAACUAUCAGCAGCUCGUCGCCAGAUCUGAUCCUUUCUGAGCUGCGCAUUAGCAGAAAGUUGGGGCUUCCUGUUGCUGUCGUCUGCGGUCCGGGAGCGGCUCAGACCGACUCCCGGAUCCCUGGCUGAGCCUGUGCCUCGCAGCCGCUCGUCUGCGCAUGAGUCGCUGCGGGAGGCUCCGCGGCUGGAGUAUUUCAGGGGCUGGGCACGGGGGGAAGAUGCUCAGUGCCUGAGGGAGGCCGGUGCGGAGCGGGGGCAGCCGCGGCGGGACAUGGAGGGGCCUCCGGGAGGAGAGGGGCCGAAGACCCCGGCCUGAAAGAGCGGGAGGCGCGGCCGUCGGGGCAUCGCCCGCUUCAGCACCGCGGACAGCGCGCAGCGAGCGCCUGGCCCCGCGCAGCGCAGAGCGCUGUGCCACCGGCACCGCCACCUCGGACCCCGCUACCCCCGGAUCUCCCUAGUCCCGGACCUCUCGACCCCCACCUUCGCUAUCCUCGGAUCCGCUAUCCCGGACCCGGACCCGCUAGCUCGGUCUCCGAUUCCUGGGUGCUGCGCCGUUGCUGGCUGCCCUUGAGCCCCUACUCUCGAUUUCAGCCCCGCUUCUCCUGGACCCCGCUCCCUCACUGCCUGCCGCCGCUAUUAGGUACUCCUAUCCCCGCUACCCCCGGGGUCCUCUCCCGCCCCUGCCGGCCCCUUAGCCCCGCUCUCCUCACCCCUCUGUCUCUGCACCCCGCCCCUCGCUCCUGUCCCUACACCUCGCUGGCCCCCGGCUCUGCUCCCCGGCAACAUGCGCGGACGGCUGCGGGCGGCGGCAGGCGAGGCUGCGGUGCCGGCUCGGAUGCCUCCUUUCUCCUGCCCUCGCCAGCUCCAGGCGACCCGCUGAGAGAUGGACUUGGCAGGCGUGCUGCUGGCGCUGCUGCUCGUGCUGGUGCUGGUUGUCUCUCUGCUCUCCAACCUCCUGGUGCUGCUAUGUUUCGUCUACAGUACGGAGAUCCGCAAGCAGGUGGCCGGGGUUUUCCUGGUGAACUUAUCCUUCUGCAACCUGCUCCUCACCGUCCUCAACAUGCCUUUUACCUUGCUGGGGAUCCUGAGGAACCAGCAACCCCUCGGGGGCUGCGUCUGCAAAGCGGUGGGUUUCCUGGAAACUUUCCUGACUUCCAACACGAUGCUGAGCAUGGCAGCGCUCAGCAUCGAUAAAUGGAUCGCUGUGGUGUUCCCCUUGAGCUACACCAGCAAGAUGCGGUACAAGGACGCUGUGAUACUGAUGGGCUACUCGUGGCUCCACUCCCUCACCUUCCCCUUGGUGUCUUUGUUCUACUCGUGGGUAGAUUACAGCAGCGUUUACGCCUCUUGUACCUUGCACCUGAAAGAAGAAACGGAGCGGAGAAGGUUUACAGUGUUCACCAUCGUCUUUCACUCCACCAGUUUCAUGCUGUCGCUGGUAAUCUUGUGUUUCACCUAUUUAAAGGUGUUGAAAGUUGCCCGGUUCCACUGCAAGAGGAUAGACAUUAUCACCAUGCAGACUCUGGUUUUGCUGGUGGAUAUCCACCCCAGCGUGAAGCAGCGCUGUCUGAACGAGCAGAAGCGGAGGCGGCAGCGGGCAACCAAGAAGAUCAGCAUUUUUAUAGGGUCCUUCGUGAUCUGUUUCGGUCCUUACAUUAUCACCAGGUUGAUAGAGCUCCUUCCUUUCGUUACCAUAAAUUACUACUGGGGAAUUAUAAGCAAGUGCCUCACCUACAGUAAGGCUGCCUCAGAUCCGUUUGUUUACUCGCUUCUACGUCAGCAGUACAAGAAAGUUCUGAUCAACAUGGUCAACAGGAUCCUGAAGAGGGACCUGUAUCCAUCCUCGGGCUACAACAGCUCCCUAGACACCGAGAAUGAUUACUGCUUGCACAGAACAAACUAACAACAUGCAAAACAUUCUCCUGCAACAGACACCAGUCUUUGCUGCUGCUGGAAAGCUGCCUCUUCCCUCUCAUGCUGACAGCGGUGACAGUGCCUCCAGGGGGUGAAUGCCGCAUCGAUGGGGCGCAGUUCAUCGUGGACUUCCACAAAAGGCUCUUCCUUGGUCUUCAGCAAAGCCUUGAUCCCGAGUGGAUGGAGUAGGCCCGAAGGGUCAAGUAAAGCCUUCGGAGGCUUUAGAGAAGCUUAGAGAGCUUUUAGAGUUUCACAGCCGAAGACUUCAUAUGUCUCGGAGCAUUCCACAUCAAACGUGAUGUUCCGGCGUCUUCUGGGACCACAAGAAUCCCCAGGUCGGAAGGAGAGGUUCAGAGUCCUCCCUGCUGUCUGUGCAACUUGGCAGCCCAGGAUCUGCUCUGAUAGGUUGGCACAUUACAAAUAAGCAUUUUAAUUGGAACAGGCUGCCCAGAGAGGUUGUGGAGUCUCCCUCUCUGAAGACUUUCAAAACCCUCCUGGAUGUGUUUAUGUGUGACCUGCCCUGGGUGACCCUGCUCUGGUGGUGGGGGUGGUAGGACCAGCAGACCCUUGGAGGUCCCUUCCAACCCUUCCCAUUCUACCAUUCUGCGAAUCGAUCGGUUUCUUGUAUCGGUGCCUCAAGUGAGUCAGCACUUUGAAUCUGAGGUUGUGGUCCUGAUUAUUUCUUACUAAGCAUCAUGAUUGUAACAUAGCCUGUAGGAAGCGGUACAUCCAUUUGACAUGCCAGUAUUCUAGCAAGCAUAACCAAAGCCCACAUAUCUGAGUUACUAAUCUUUAGCUCUUCCGUGGUAUGUGAUGACAACACUUGCAGCAAACCCAACAAAGACCUCCAUGGAGUUUCAUUAAGUAGCAGAGUAGUUCCAUCUCUGAGCUAGCGAGCCUCCCCAGACAAGCUAAACAACUGAAAACCAAUCCGUCGGGAGAAGCCACAGACACCGCCGCGGUUAACAUCUACGGCUUCAGAAGCUAUCUGUUUGCAAGGAGCAGGCUAAAAACAGUUGAAUUAUUUCCAAGGGAUACAUAAGGUGUAAAAUAUUUCAUGCAUGGGCUAGAUUUGGUGGAUUGUCAUACUCCAGUACAAUCUUUUCUCUCGCAGUGAACCUGGCCCUUUUAACCGAGACCAAGAGGUGACCGAGACCUGUUAGACACCCAGAAACUCAAAGCUGCUUUAUCUAUUAAUAUUAAUCAAGUCAUUAUAGAUAUUUUUUUCCUCUUUUAUUUAUUUGGGAAUAAAUUAUUUAUUUAUUUUGGGAGAAAAAAAAAAGUGGGAAUUAUUUUUUUGAACAGUAUUCCUUUUGCUUAUAGAAGAUGUGAAUCCAAAUAGUCUCUGACAUUCCAGAAGCUGCUAUUUUGUAACUGAGUGGGAAAUGAAAGCGAUUCUAAAGGUAUAUUUUAAGAGAGGGUGGGACAAGAUGUAAGAAAAAAAAAGAGUUAUUUUUUAUCUAUCAAUGGACUUGACCCUGUGAAGCGUUGAGAGAAGUCUGUUCCUGGUUGAAACCAAACAUACAAGCGUGCAGUUAGACACAAACGUCAUCACCUUUAUAUUUGGCAGCCGUAGCCCCACACAAAAAGCUCCACACAGAAGCGUUUCGUUACGUCUGUGCUGAGCAGUCAGCACAUCCAGAAGGUUUUAUCCACCUUCCACAACGAGCAGUCCCACAGAAGGCAUGGCAAGGUGCUGCUGCCUGCCAAACACAAUGUUCUCUUAUCUCCUGCUUUUAAUCUCUGAGGCCUUUCUGAUGCCUUUCUUCCCUCCUCCCUUUUUUAGGUUCCUCACCUCGCCCUUUUUUUCUUCCCCACGCAAGUACCUUUAGCCUCUGUGUUUUGCAUCUCUAGUUCUGCCUGUGUUUAAAUUGAAUGUACUACAACGGUUUUGUCUUCUUGGUAAAGUAUUUGUACUCCAAUUUUGUGUAAAUACAGUAUUUCAGGGGGGGAAAAAAAGAAAAA